AUGGUCAAAAUCGCACUAAUCGGCGCGGCCGGCCAAAUUGGCACCCCUCUCAGUCUUCUGUGUAAAGCAAGCGAUCUAUUUGACGAAAUCUGUCUAUAUGAUGUGGUCCAUGCGCCAGGCAUCGCCACCGACUUGAUGCAUAUCGACACUAAAGCCAAGGUCCAUGGCUACCUACCGGAUAAAUCUGGUCUCAAGAAGACCCUCGAUGGCGCAGACAUAGUUGUUGUAACCGCCGGUAUUGCUCGAAAGCCGGGCAUGACGAGAGAUGAUUUAUUCAAGACCAAUGCCAGCCUUAUUCGAGACAUCUUCAAUGAAAUUGCUGCAACAUGUCCCCAGGCAAUGUGCUGUGUCGUUACUAACCCCGUCAACUCAACACUUGUCAUUGCAGCUGAGGCCCUGAAGAAAGCCGGUGUCUUUGAGCCUACGCGUCUAUUCGGUGUAACGACCUUGGACGUGGUACGUGCCUCUACCUUUGCUGCGCAUGCCUUAGGAGGAAACGCCGAUCCCAGGGACUUUAAAGUCCCGGUUAUCGGUGGCCACAGUGGAGCUACCAUUCUGCCCCUGUAUAGCCAGGCUAAGCCCCCAGUCAACCUGGAUGACGAAACCAUGGCAUCCGUUAUCAACCGCGUUCAGUUUGGUGGUGAUGAAAUUGUCAAGAGUAAGCAGGGUGCUGGCAGUGCUACGACCUGUAUGGCAUAUGCCGGUUUCCGCUUCGUCAAAGCCAUAUUGGAAGGCAAGAAUGGUGCUACUGUGACGGAGGAGGCAUAUGUUUACCUGCCAGGUCUUCCGGGAGGAAAAGAGAUUGCCACUGAGCUUGGCGUCGAUUUCUUCACCGUCAAGGUCCAGCUUGGACAGAAGGGUGCCGUAAGAGCAUUGCCUAUCGGCAAGAUCUCCGAGAAUGAGACAAAGCUUCUCCAUGUUGCUAUUCGCGAGCUGAAGACCAAUAUCGCUACGGGCCUCUCGUUAAUGUCUGAAUGA